UUACAAGAUAAAGCACAUCCCCAAACCCCAUCGCCACCGUCCCCGCUCUCCUACAUAACGAACAUUCCUCUUCCACCGGAGGCCGACUUUCUAUGGCCGCUUUCCUCCGACACAGCGCCGACGACCUUUUCCUCCGCCAAACCACUAUUACCUCCAUUAUUGCGACUACCAUCACCAUUUAUUGAGAUUGAAAUCUCUUGUGUCUCCAAGGGCUGAUACUAUCGUAAACAAGUGAAAUCUUGAUCGAACGAGCGAACCUGUUUUUUGGGCAUUUAAGUUCUGUUAGAGAUCUAUCUCGUCUCUAGAGAAAGAUGGCUGCUUUGAAAGGCUGCAGCUCGCUCAAUCUUUCCCGACCCACCGCUCUCUCCGCCGAUGGCUACAAGAGGAGGAGUUGCCGAUGGAGACCUCCACAGGCUGCUGUGAUACCCAACUUUCAUCUUCCAAUGCGUAGCUUUGAAGUUAAAAACAGGACAUUGGCUGAAGACAUAAAGGCUCUUAGAUUGAUCACAGCCAUCAAGACCCCAUAUCUUCCUGAUGGUCGGUUUGAUCUCGAAGCAUAUGAUGCAUUGGUGAAUAUGCAGAUUGGUGAUGGCGUUGAAGGUGUGAUUGUUGGCGGCACGACUGGUGAAGGUCAAUUGAUGAGCUGGGAUGAGCACAUAAUGCUAAUAGGUCACACGGUCAAUUGUUUCGGCAGUUCAAUCAAGGUGAUUGGCAACACCGGGAGUAACUCUACAAGAGAAGCAAUCCAUGCAACUGAGCAAGGCUUCGCAGUUGGGAUGCAUGCUGCACUUCACAUUAAUCCUUACUAUGGCAAGACUUCCGUGGAGGGCAUGGUAUCUCACUUUGAACAUGUGUUGCCAAUGGGUCCAACCAUCAUCUACAAUGUGCCAUCCAGGACCGGCCAGGACAUCCCGCCUGGGGUGAUUCACACGCUAGCGCAAAGUCCCAAUCUUGCCGGGGUGAAGGAAUGUGUUGGCCAUGCAAGGGUUGUGCAGUAUACCGAGAAUGGGAUCGUAGUGUGGAGCGGGAAUGAUGAUGAGUGCCAUGAUUCGAGGUGGGAUCAUGGAGCUACUGGAGUGAUCUCUGUUGCUAGCAACUUGGUUCCUGGUUUGAUGCAUCAGCUCAUGUUUGGAGGGAAGAACCCUUCCCUGAAUUCAAAGCUGUUGCCUUUGAUCGAUUGGUUGUUCAAGGAGCCGAACCCCAUUGGAUUGAACACUGCUCUUGCACAGCUCGGGGUUGUGAGGCCGGUUUUCAGACUGCCGUAUGUGCCCCUCCCUCUCCCUAAGCGGGUCGAGUUUGUGAAUUUGGUGAAGGAGAUUGGGCGGGAGCAUUUUGUUGGGGAGAAAGAUGUUCAAGUUCUUGAUGAUGAUGAGUUCAUAUUGAUUGGUCGUUAUUAGUGGGUUUUUGUCUGUCUUCUAAUAUGUAGUUGCAGUUUGAUUGCUCUUUGGUAGCGAGAUAAGUGUAGGGUGUUAUCAGGUUCUGUUUAAUGUUUUACCUUGUAUGAUAUCAUAAUGUUGAGAAGCUUCUGUCCGUGGACGUGAUUUGCAGCUUCUCGAUCUGAAGGUUGUUUGGUGUUUUGCAGACAGAUGGAAAAUGCUGUGAGAUCUCUGGUGCUUUCUUUUCUCUGUUUUCAUGUUUCUCUUUUGCAUUAUCAAUAAGAUUUGCAUAACAGAUCAAUAAGAUUUAAUGAGAAGCGAAAACCAAAGAAAGCUGGAUCUCAUCAAUGGCAAAUUCCAUGGAGCUCUUAUCUUCCUCAUUCUAUCAAAUACCAGUGCAGUUUCUCUGAC